AGUUUUAAUAAUAAAACGAUUGAAGUAUUGUUUGAUUGGUUUGUCAUAAAUAAGUGAAUCUUUGAUUUGAUCCCAACUGUGGUCACAAUCACUGAAUUGUUGGCCACAAUGACGGACACGAAUGUCAUUCAAGUGACAAACAUUGCUCCGAGUGUUGCAAACGAUCAGUUGAAGACAUUGUUUGGAUUUUUGGGAACAAUUAAAGAGAUUGUCGUUUAUCCAAAUGAAGACUCAGCCCUAUCGCCGACCUCUCGGGUCUGUUAUAUACGAUAUGCCGACUCCUGGAGUGUAGGCGUUGCCCAACACUUGACAAACACAGUGUUUGUCGAUCGGGCGCUCAUUGUUCAGGCAUCAGAUGAUGAUAUUAUCCCCGACGCGGCCACUGCCAUGAGUUUAAUGAAUGGGGGAAACAUUACCGGCGGAAGCAAUUGCGGUGUUAUCAGUCAAGUGGUGACAGGCGUUGCUGGCACUCAAGUAAUUACAACAAUUGAUCCCCGAUUAACAGCAUUAGGUUUACCACAAUACCCACCUCUACCGGCAAAUAUGGAUCCAACAAAAAUUGAAGAAAUUCGACGAACAGUUUAUGUCGGAAAUCUUUGUUCAACUUUAUCAGCCGAACAAUUGCUUACUUUUUUUAAUCAAAUCGGAGAAGUGAAGUACAUUCGUAUGGCCGGCGAUGAGACACAACCGACACGAUUUGCAUUCGUUGAGUUCACUGAUCAGUCAUCGGUGGCAAAUGCUCUUCAAUAUAAUGGUGUUAUAUUUGGUGGACGACCACUAAAAAUAAAUCAUUCAAACAAUUCAAUAGUAAAACCUCAAGCAAAGAACUCAGAAGCGGCACAAAAAGAAAUUGAAGAAGCAAUGAAAAGGGUUCGGGAGGCGCAGUCACUUAUAUCAGCUGCUAUUGAACCCGGAUUUCAGGUGAAAAUCGAUAAAAUAUUAGAUUUUUCAGGAAAAGAAAAGAGUAAAUCGAGAUCAAGAUCCAGAUCACGAAGAAAGUCACGAAGUCGAUCACGUGAUCGAAGAAGACGAUCGCGUGAUCGAGGAAGAAGAUCACGAUCUAGAGAUCGAUCUCGAAGAUCAAGGUCUCGAUCAAGAGAAAGAAGACGUCGUUCUCGAGAACGAAGACGAAGAAGAAGUAGGAGUAGAGAUGACAAACAUAGAAGAAGUCGUAGUAGAGAUAGAGAAAGGGAUCGAGAGAGAGAACGGGAGAGGGAUAGGGAACGGGAGAGAGAUAGGGAACGGGAGAGGGAGAGAGAACGAGAGAGAGAUAGGGAGAGAGACAAAGAUAGGAAUAGACGCUCUAGAAGUAGAUCCAAAAAGAGAGACGAGAAACGAAAAGAAAUUGAAAAAAUUGAAGAGAAGGUUGUAUUACAUUCUCCUGAAAUUGAGACUAAACCCGAAGGACCUGAACUUCCACCCAAAGUAGACUAUGUUGUUAGAGAAAUGCCAGACACAGACGAUAAGAGAUCGAAUUCAAGAGAGUUAUCCAAAUCUAAAUCUCUAUCUCCGACUUCACCCCAAAAACAUAGCAGACGUUCAAGAAGUCCGAAAAGGCGUUCUCGAAGUAGAGAAAUAAUACAUUCAAAGAGUCCACCGAGAAGUCAUCACAAGAAAAAAAAGGAUAGGGAUCGGGAUAGAGACAGAGAGAAAGAUAGAGAGAAAGAGAGAGAAAGAGGUAAAGACAGAGAAAGAGAUGAUAGACACAGAAUAAGUCGUAGCAGAGAUAGAGAUCGGGAUAGAGAUAGAAGAGAGAGAAGUCGUGAAAGAAAAGAAAAAAAGAAACGAAGAAGAGAUGACAGUUUGGAACUGAAUGAAAGAUCACCAAAAGAUAUGAAAAUACAUAGAGAUUAUGAUAAAGAAAUUGAAGAAGAAGAAGAAAAAGGUUACGACUCUUCAUAUGAAGACAAAUCAUCGCAUCGAUCGAGUCGUGAACACUCUCGACGUAAAUCUCUGACUCCAGACCACUGAGAAAGUCAUUCAAAUAAAA